AAUUUGUAAGGGUAACCCAUGCCUCCCAAAAAAAAAUUUCCCGACAUGCGAAAUCUCCUAAACCAUGGUCCAUGUAAACGCUUCAAGAUCGAUAAAAAUCCUUAGAUCACAAGGUGAAGAAGCCGACAAAUAUAAUGAGCGAAACAACGUCAUCACACCCAAACAUUACCCGUCUUCCAUUGUCCUUACCACAAAAAAAGCAACAAUGUGUUUCCCUUUCUUUCGCUCGUUCGAUUUAGGGCAAAACGAAAAAGCAAAAAUAAAACCAGAAAAGCUGGACCCAAACAAAAACGCAAAAACUCGUUCUUUGACUCAGCUCUCAACAAAAUCCCUUAAAAUUUAAAAAAAAAUAGAGAAAAACGAAAGAUCUCUCUCGCUCGCUGAUCUACCUUCAGGCUACAAUCACUGUUGCAGCUCCUCAAAUCAGGAUUUUGUUACUUACACUAUAGGCUGCUUCUCAACAACGAAUGUUUUUUUGCAUGACCUAUUGACACUUGUGCAAUGUCAGGGUUACUUAAUUCGUCUAUCAAUGGUUCAGCAUCUAAUCUUCCAGACAGUAGUGGGCGUUCUUUUGCUACAUCUUUCUCUGGUCAGUCUGGCGCGGCCUCCCCUGUUUUCCAUCACACUGGCACUAUUCAGGGCCUGCAUAAUAUUCAUGGUAGCUUUAAUGUUCCCAACAUGCCUGGUACGCUCACAUCAAGAAACACAACAUUAAGUAAUGUUCCAAGUGCUGGGGUUCAACAACCUUCUGGGAGCCUUUCUGGUGGAAGGUUUGCAUCAAAUAAUCUCCCUGUUGCUCUUUCUCAGUUAUCCCAUGGAAGCUCACAUGGACAUUCAGGGGUAACCAAUAGAGGAGGUAUUAGUGUUGUAGGAAACCCUGGAUUUAGUAGUAACACAAAUGGAGUUGGUGGUUCUAUACCUGGGAUUCUCCCAACCUCUGCUGCAAUUGGUAAUCGCAAUGCUGUUCCAGGAUUGGGAGUAUCCCAAAUUUUGGGAAAUGCAGGUCCUAGGAUGACGAGUUCUAUGGGAAACAUGGUUGGUGGGGGCAACAUUGGGAGGAGCAUAAGCUCCGGUGGAGGAUUAUCUGUUCCUGGUCUUGCCUCUCGUUUGAAUUUAAGUGCCAAUAGUGGAUCUGGAGGUUUAAGCUUGCAGGGACAGAAUCGGCUGAUGAAUGGUGUGCUUCCUCAAGGAUCUCCUCGGGUAAUUUCAAUGUUAGGCAAUUCUUAUCCUACUUCUGGGGGUCCACUUUCCCAGAGCCAUGUUCAAGCUGUGAACAAUCUUAGCUCUAUGGGAAUGUUGAAUGAUGUGAACUCAAAUGACAUUUCCCCUUUUGACAUAAAUAAUGAUUUCCCUCAGUUGACAAGUCGCCCUAAUUCUGCUGGAGGGCCUCAAGGACAACUGGGUUCAUUACGAAAACAAGGUCUUAGUCCAAUUGUUCAACAAAACCAAGAGUUCAGCAUUCAAAAUGAAGAUUUCCCUGCUUUACCAGGAUUUAAAGGCGGUAAUUCUGAUUAUGCAAUGGAUUUGCACCAGAAAGAACAACUUCAUGACAAUACUGUGUCAAUGAUGCAAUCUCAGCACUUCUCUAUGGGGAGAUCUGCAGGAUUUAACUUGGGUGGAUCCUAUUCAUCUCAUCGCCCACAGCAGCAACAGCAACAUGCUCCGUUAGCCAGUAGUAGCGGUGUCUCCUUUUCACCUGGAAACAACCAAGAUCUUCACCAUUUACAUGGCCCAGAUAUUUUCCCAUCAUCACAUUCGAGCUACCACUCGCAGACCAGCGGACCACCUGGGAUUGGGCUAAGAACUCUAAAUUCCUCAAAUACAGUUUCUGGUAUGGGUUAUGACCAGCUUAUCCAGCAAUAUCAGCAACACCAAAACCAGUCCCAGUUUCGUCUUCAACAGAUAUCAGCUGUCAAUCAGUCAUUUAGGGAACCAGGCAUGAAACCAAUGCAGGCUGCACAGUCUAAUCCAGACCCAUUUGGUUUACUUGGUUUGCAAAGUGUGCUAAAGAUGAGUGAUCCUGAUCUGACUUCCCUUGCUCUCGGAAUUGAUCUGACAACACUUGGGUUAAAUUUAAAUUCAUCGGAAAAUCUUUACAAGACUUUUGGUUCUCCGUGGUCUGAUGAACCAGCUAAGGGUGACCCAGAGUUCACUGUGCCACAAUGUUAUUAUGCGAAGCAACCACCCGCUUUACAUCAAGGUUAUUUUUCAAAGUUCACAGUGGACACAUUGUUCUAUAUAUUUUACAGCAUGCCAAAAGACGAAGCUCAAUUAUAUGCUGCAUAUGAACUUUAUAAUAGAGGCUGGUUUUACCACAAGGAGCACCGAUUGUGGUUCGUAAGAGUCCCCAAUUUGGAGCCACUAGUUAAGACAAGCACAUAUGAGAGAGGUUCUUAUCACUGUUUUGAUCCAAAUUCAUUUGAAACAAUCCGCAAGGACAAUUUUGUUGUCCAUUAUGAGUUGUUGGAAAAGAGACCAGCUUUACCUCAACCCUAACAGAAGCACCAAGCUUUAUCUGGUCUGAUUCAAUGGUGGCGGGGAAUAUGGUGUGUAUACGUGUUCUACUUUUUGGUUUUUAAUGUUCGGAUUGCUGAUUUCACUUCGCAAGAAGCCACGAUUUUGAGUUCCUGCCAGGGCCAAGGUCUCAUGCUUCUUGCAUAUAUUUGAAAAACAGAUUUCGAAGGCUUCUUGUUGUGGAAUGAUUCCAUCUUCGGUUCGCCCCUAACUACAAUGCCAAGUUGUUCUCUAUGCCGGACAAGUUGUGAGCUCUCAUUUGAAAGAUAUUGAUUGCAUUCAGAACUCGAAAUGAAGUGAUAUAUACAAAUAUUGAAACUUAAAACCUUGUUGGUUUACUACCACGAUUGAAUGGGGAUAUGGAAUUACUCAUGAUUUGGUGGAGCCGUCAAAUUAGGAGCAUGUGAUACAUAAACAUGUAGGCAAUGUAAGUUCUGACCGUGUUGUCGAAGCGGUGUCAUUUAAGCUCUUCCUCGUCAAUCAUUUGCAUGAUAGUUGGAUGAUGAUAAAUUCCAUCUGCAUCAGCACCCAUUGAUGUUUCUUCUAUGGUCGACAUUGCAUCAGGCUAUUCAUCGGCCAGGGGGUUUGAUGUAUGUAUGUGUGAAACACCAGGAUCAGUUGCAAAACAAUCUCCAUUUGACAUCGAUGAAGUAUGUUCAAUGGCCAGUGAUGGCCUAAUCAUUUUACCUGGAUCAGGGAUAGUUGAUGCUUCUGUGCUCUCGUGGAGGAAACAAUCCCACCCUGAGUCUCUCCAGUGGCAGUUCCUCUUUGAUCUCUGCCUAGCACCACUGCUGUCACUUGUCCUUGAGUGGAUAUAACUUUUCUGCUUUCGAACUCAGUAAACAAGGGCAGGGAAUAACAUGAGCCAAUGAUCAACAAAGAAAAACAAAAACAAAGAGUUGGGAAAGAUGAAAGUAGGGGUGGAAAUUCAGUUAAGGUAAAUUCGAAAUGCAUAAUAAAAAGCUAAAUAUCUUCUAGCAGGAAAACAGCUGUCUCACCCAAUGAACAGCAAAAUUCAUUCAGAAAUUUCUGGCAAAAUAUCAAAUAAACUUUGCUUAAAAUGAAAAUUAUAGCAAAAGAAUUGUAUAACUUUACUCACAUCACCAGUUGCAGAAGAUAUAAGUACUAAAAGGUAAAUUAUUCAUUUAAAAAAAUCAAUAGAUAAGCUGCAAAAAUACUUUGUUUUCCCUAUCAUCGCAAUACUGAGGUAGUAAUAUCAAGUUUAAGAGAAAAAUGUCAGCAAAUUAUGAUUUGAUCAUUGUAAAGUGGGGGAAAAAGGAAAACCCAAUAAUCCAACAUUUAUCAAUGCUAAAUGUGUAAUGGUUGAGUCAUGCGUAGUUAGAAGUCCACUCAUAUUUGGCCUGUUUCCAAAUGCAUUUUUUCUGAGUUGACACCAAAAUUCUCGGUUUCUGCUGUCAGCCGACGCAAAAAAACAAUCAUGUACGUUUCUAUAUUCAGCAACCCAAU